AUGUCCGCUGUGACGAAAGGCGCCAUCGAGCGCAUGUUCGAGAGCCGCUCGGCCGAGCUCGAGUACAAGAAGGCCAAGGACAAGAGAGAGCUCGCGGCCAAGAUGACCAAGGAUCAAGUCGAUCUCGAGAUGAAGAAGUUGGAGCUCGAGGUGAAGAAGUCGGAGCUCGAGAUGCAAAAGUCCGCUGCGAUCGAAAAAACGCGGUCUCUGCGGCAUGCCGAGAUGAUGCAGGAAGCAGCGCUCAUGCACAAGAUGGGCUUUAGUAAAGAGGAGAUCGGCUCCGAAAUUAUGAUCGGGAGCAAAGGCUACUCGACAACGCUCGUCGAAUGGGGACGUGCGUGGAAGCUGCCGCUCACGGACAAGAUUGAUGCGAUCCAAUCCGCCAUGUAA